AUGGAGGAGAAUGUAAAGAACACUAAUUCUUCUCCUUCUCCACUCGAGCUAGAACAUGUUAAACCAAUAGCUCUUAAUGGAGAAGAAGUUUCACCUAAAGAAGCUGGAGGAUGGAGAUCUGUUAAAUAUAUCAUCGGGAAUGAGUCGUUUGAGAAAUUGGCAUCGAUGAGUUUGAUAUCAAAUCUAACAAUGUACCUUCUCACGAACUACAACCUAAGUGGAUUAUUCGUGGUUAAUACGGUGCAAAUUUGGAAUGGAUCCUCAAACAUUGCAUCCAUAAUCGGUGCUUUCAUUUCUGAUGCUUAUCUUGGGAGGUUUCGAACCCUUCUAUAUGGCUGUUUAGAUUAA